AUGAAUCUUUUAUUAACGAUUAAUAAAAAAUCUAGCAAAUUGUUUGGAAUUUCUAGCAAUUCCAAUAAAAAUGGUAGCUUACGAGCGUGUCAGUACGAGAAGAUUAAGUACACACGCUUUAUUGAGACUAGAACAAAAAUUACUUUAGCUUGUCAAAAAAUUUCCAUAAAUUCAACCAAAAUAGGUUCACAACUCUUUUUAAAGCGACAUUCGCCUUUAAUAAUAUCGCGUUCGAAAUCAAACCUCUCUUUAUCCUUGGACAAAUUACCAAAAGUUGCUAAGAAUCCUUCUUCUUUUGAUAAUCUCAAAAGAGGGCCGGAAUGGGAGAGUACACUUGGUAGAAUUGUCAGAGAAACACAAGCAACUUAUCACCAUUGUGUAGUUCUCACACGUGUUGGACAAUUUUGGGAGAUAUAUUUCGAACAAGCGACCGAAAUCGCGCCCCUUUUAGAUAUAAAGUUAACAAGGAGAAAAUUUGGUCAUGAAUAUUUUCCAUUUGCAGGAUUUCCGAUACUUCAUUUAGAUAGACAUUUAGCCAAAUUAAUUAAUGAACAUGGUCGAGCAGUUGCUUUAUGUGAUGAAUUUCCAAAUAAUAACCAAAAUGAAGAAAAAGUUAAAUUCAAACGUCGUGUAAACCGUAUUAUCACCCCUGGAACUUUAAUUGAUGAGAGUUUUUUACAACAAGACCAAAAUAAUUUCUUGCUUUCAAUAUCACUAGGAGAAAAUCAUAAGGAAACUGGAUUAUCGUGGAUUGAUAUUACUACUGGACAAUUUUAUAUGCAAAAAUCUAAUUUGGAAUCUCUUUCUAAUGAUAUAUCACGUAUAAUACCUAGUGAGAUUUUAAUAAGCGAUACAUUACGAGAUUUAAAAGAUCAUCACAUUUGGCAACAUGUUGAUCGUGGAAUGAAUAAUGUAACUUUCGAGUCAUUAAAUUCUUUUGAUGCUAGUCGAAUCCAUACUUUGAUACCAAAACAAGAAACAGAAAGAGAUAUCCAAAAGACCUUUUCAUUGAUAGAAUUGAAGGCUAGUGGAGGUUUAUUAAAUUAUAUUAAAAAAAAUUUGAUUGGUCGUUUCCCAAAGAUUCAAUUUCCAAUUAGGAUACACUCCAAGGAUACGAUGAUUAUUGAUGCAACAGCUUUACGUUCUUUGGAAAUUACAACAUCGAUGCAAGACUUUACAAAAAAAGGAAGCUUGAUGCAUGCAAUACAGCGUACAAAGACAGCUUCAGGAACGCGUACAUUGGAUAACUGGUUGCGUUUCCCUAGUACGUCGAUUAAUGUAAUUAAUUAUCGUCUAAAUCUCGUCGAAUAUUUUUAUAACAACUCACAUCUCACUAAUGAUAUUCGUGAGUUAUUGAGUGAAUGUGAUGAUGCUCAAAGAACGUCACAAAAAGUUACAUUUGAUCAAUACAGUCCUGACGAUUUUUUGAAAUUAAAGCGUACCUUGGAGAAGAUGUUAUUAAUAAAGAAUAGGAUACGUGUGGAACUUAAUAUUACUCCUAAUGAUAGUCUGGAGUCAAUCUUGACUCGUUUUAAACCCCAACAAGAUCUUAUAAACUCAAUUACAAAAGCUGUUGACGAAGAAUCUUUAAACAGAGCUAAAGAGAAACAAUUAUCUGAUGAAGUUAUUGAAGAUGGAGAAAAAUUAUUGAAUCCGAUAAAAAAUGAUUUUAAGAAAGAAACAAUAAUUUAUGGUAAUAGGAAGACGAGGCAAUUUCACAAAUAUAAGAAAGCCGAACCGACUGUUAAAGAUAAAGAAGCGGAAUUACAGAUGUUGAUAAAAAGUGAUAAUUGGGUCAUUAAUAAAGAUUUUUCACCACAACUUAUAAAACUUUACAAACAACUUGAAGAUAAAUAUCGAGAUAUGAUUAAUCUUCAAAUUUCUUGGCAAUAUAUAUUAAAUGGACCAUCAUUAGAACUUCGAUCUCAUUCAAGUUAUGGAUUCAUUGUAAUUAUUCGAAAAAGUCGUAAUGUUAAUGUUGAGGGUCUUCUGAAGGCGAUUCCUAUAACCACGAUUGGAAAUAAGAAAUUAUAUAUUAUUAAGCAAUGGUCAGAGUUAGGAGGUGAAAUUGAAAAUAUUAAGACAAAAAUACGAGAAGAAGAAAAUAAUGUAUUUCAAAUAAUACGACGCAAGAUCGAAGAAGAAUGGCAUGUAACAAUUGGUAAUUCCAAUGUAAUCGAUGAUUAUUCACAUAAAAUUAUAGGAGGUCGGCAUCCAAUAGUUGAAUCAUCACUUCAAAAAAAGGGACACCAAUUUGUUAAGAAUGAUUGUUUCGUUGGAGAUAAAGAACGACUUUUAUUGAUUACAGGACCAAAUAUGGGAGGAAAGAGUACAUACCUUCGUCAGAAUGCAGUUAUUUCUAUUCUUGCACAAAUAGGAUCGUUUGUGCCAGCCGAUUACGCAGAAAUUGGUAUAGUCGAUCAAAUUUUGAGUCGAAAUGCAACUCAAAGAUCAUUUGUUAUUAUGGAUGAAAUUGGUCGAGGCACAACAACUUUAGAUGGAAUUGCCAUUUCAUUUGCAACAUUAUUUCGAUUGCAUUACGUUAAUCGUUGUAGAACUUUAUUUGCAACUCAUUUUCAUGAAAUACCAACUUUAAUUAAGAAUUUUGAAAAUGCAGUUUGUUAUUGUACUGAUAUUCAAGAGAAUAUGGAUGGAAGCUUUUAUUAUCUUCAUCAAUUGAAAGGUGGUGUAAAUCGGAAUUCUGCAGCAUUAAAAGCUGCCCAACUUGCUGUUUUAUUAGUAGCCAAGAAUACUUUAGACUAUCUAAAGAAACAUUCUAAUCCAAUAAGUUUGGAUACAGAUUUCCAAAAUGAGAUUGAGAAUAACACUUAUAUUGAUUUAAUGCGUAAUGAAUUUGAAAAUUAUAAACAAAUUGAAUAA